AUGGAGCACCUGGAAGGCGUGCUGUCGACUGCGCCGCAGGAGCUGGUGGACGUGGUGAGCAGGCUCGUGUCCAGGGUGCAGGAGCUCGAGGGCGAGCUUGAGCGCUUGAAGGACGCCAAAGUCGAGGAGCUGUACGCGUUUCACCAUCGAAGAAUCAGCAGUGGCAACGGCGGCGACGUCAAGCACAUUCCUCGACACACCAGCGCACAGCCAAACAGCGCCAGUGAACCAAACGCACACGAGCCUGCACACGAGCCUGCACACGAGCCUGCACACGAGCCUGCACACAAGAGAUGGAAAGACGGCGGCAGCCCAACGACAGCAGCUGCGUCCACGCACCAGCAAGACACACAUGUGACCAACCACACGCACAACGGCAGCAGCACAAGUAGCAGGCAGAACAACCUCGACAACAGUCUGCACUCCCACACAUCGGCACACUCUGCGUCACCGCACACGCCGCAGGAAUCACCAGCGACAACUGCAGCCUCGCAAGAACGCACGAGCGCCACGCCCAGGUCCAGGUCAGGCCAAACCAACACAGCUGCCAGCGCCGGCGACACCACAACCCACGACGGUUCCCGCGCGAGAACGUCGUCCUCGCCAGUGGUACCAGCGACAAGCAGGGCAGCCGCUGGCGAUGCCAGUGGCGCCUCGUCACCAGCUCGCCAACGCGGGAACUCCCCGUCUCCAGCCGCCGCGACAUGCCGCGCCCUGCACAACACCAUCGUCCGCUGCCACGCCCAGAUCGGCCCCCAUUCGCCCAUUCCCCACACCAGCCCCCUUAUCACCACCGCCACGACGUCGCACGCGCGCCUCACCACCCGCCACCGCCACCACGCUGGCAACAAGGGCGCACCUUGCUCGCGCAGCCAAGACAGCCUCCACCGCCUCCACCUACACAACCAAUAUUGCGAGGUCCGGCGCAAGGCGUGGCACCACCACGCCCGUGGCCUGCGCACCCGCGCUAUGAUCAUCCAAAUCGCAGCUGGCCGCCCCCACCGCCCUUCCCACACCACAGGUAUUGAACUGCGAGCGGUGCACAUCUAA